CGCAAACGCCCUAAAACACACAAAGCGGCACACCUCCGACGGGUUUCCUCCGACUGCCCACAGCGUCGCACACCGCCCACCACCGUCUGCCGGAAACAAGCCGCUGCCCACCGCCCACUCUCCUCACCCAAGUCGCAAGCGCCCUAACGCCCCUGUCCGCGCCUCCCUUGACUCACUCGCAUUUAGGCUUUACUGGAAACGCCGCCCCUGUUUGUGAUUUAGGCUUACUGGAUUUACGCCCUCCACUUCGUCGACCGCCGGGGCAAAUGGCUAUUGGAAGGCAAAUAUAUGUUAUGUUAUAGGGAGAUACCCUAGCUUCAGCAAAUUUCCCAAAGAAUCCGUUUGUGUAUGCAACGAAUUAGGAUUUAGACAUGAGACACAGCUGGGGAAAGCUUCCACGCUGCUGCGCAAUCUCCGCCCGUCAAUCUUUCAUUUCUUCCGCAUUCUCAACUUCCUCCGGCGGCAGCGGAUGGGGCCGAGGUCAUGGAGGUGGUGGAUUUGGCUCCGACAACUCUCCCAUCUUUGGAAUUACUCCUAACAAUGAUGCGAAGGAUGAUAAGUCAGCUGCUGCCCCACAGCCACCGAGUGGAAUUGGGCACGGUCGUGGAAGCGGUAAGCCCUUCCCCUCCUCCUCAGAUCCGUUUGUGGCAGAUAAUGCUUCUGCCGACGCCCCUGCUGGCCGCGGCCGAGGUGUUCCCGGACCAAUUUCUGUUCCACCACCAUCCCAACAGCGGAUGCCGCUGCAACAACCGCAACCUAUGUUCUUCGUGGAAGGAGAAAAGUCUUCCGAUUCCCAACCCAAGGCGUCUGCGGAUUCCAGUCUCCCUCCUAGUAUCCUUUCCGUGCUAUCCGGUGCUGGGCGUGGAAAGCCCACAGUAACACCUCCUGUUUCAGAAAAACCUAAGGAAGAAAACCGGCAUCUAAGGGUGAGGAAAACUCCUCAAGCUGAAUCUAGCAAGCCUCCCAGCCCAAGAUUGAGCAGGGAGGAAGCAGUUAAAAAGGCAGUUGGGGUACUGUCUAGGGGUGAUGAUGAUGGUGGGAGCGGAAGAGGGGCAAUGGCUCCACGGGGUGGACGCGGGUUCAGUGCACGAGGGAGAGGGGGAAGAAGAGGAGGAAGGGGAGGAGGGGGAAGAGGAAGAAUGGGAAGGCGAGAAGGUAUACAGCAAGAUAGUGGUGAUGAAUAUGGUGAUGUCUUUGAAGUUGGUGAUGAUGCUGCUGCGGAGAAAUUGGCUCAAAAGGUUGGUCCUGAAAUCGCGGAUCAAUUGGCUCAAGGCAUUGAAGAGAUGGGUCCUAGGGUAUUCCCAUCUCUGAUUGAGGAUGCUUAUCUUGAUGCACUUGAUACCAACCUAAAGAUUGAAUGUGAAGAAGAGUACAUGAUGGGAGAGUUUGACAUGAAUCCUGAUAUUGACGAGAAACCUCCAAUUCCUCUUCGUGAUGCUCUUGAGAAGAUGAAACCAUUCCUUAUGGUGUAUGAAGGAAUUGAAAGCCAAGAAGAGUGGGAGGAAGUCAUGAAAGAAACCAUGGAGGUGAGGCUCCCCAUUAUUAAAGAAAUUGUUGACCACUACAGUGGCCCUGACAGAGUAACAGCAAAGCAGCAGCACGAGGAGUUGAACAGAGUUGCAGCAACUCUUCCACAAAGUGCACCCACUUCUGUGAAGCUGUUUACGGAACGUGCUGUUCAGUCACUGCAGAGCAAUCCAAGUUGGGGAUUCCACAAAAAAUGCCAGUUCAUGGAUAAGCUUGUGUAUGAGGUUUCCAAGCAAUACAAGUGAACACGCGAGAACACUCAUAACCUUACGAGUUUCUAAUUCUUACAAAGAUCAUAAGGUGAACCUCGGUUAGACAUGCCAAGAUGCAUUUUCUGGCAGAGUGGAUGCUGCUUCAUUUUUAUGUUACCUCAAGCAAGCACCAUAAGCAUUUUUAUGUGAUGUUUUACAAAAUAUUUUAUCGCAUUGUUAUUAAUUUUUCAUACAUAGUAAAAUUUUUUUGGAAACAAAACCUCAUUUUGUUUUUCAAUUUGACUAUCAAUUAUUGAUCUUUCUAGGGAGUCUUGAACGAAAAUAAUAACUGCUUUCAAUGUAGUCA